AUGGGGAUCGUAGGUUGGGCACGCAGUUGGGGACUUCUUCCAACGGGAUUUGUGGUUUCUACGGCGGCGAUAUGGUCAGAAGUCACACGAAUGAAGCAUCGAUAUGGUCGGACUUCCGUACGCUUUUAUGGCGGCAAUUUGAAUCUUCAAGAAAAAAAUGCAGAUUCCGACGAGAUUCUUGUAAUUUCUCACGACUUUAUGAGUUUUUCUUCGAAAAAUAUGGAAUUUCUGCAAGAUUUGCUUUUUGAUUUUCAAAUUUCUUGUUGUUGUGUUCUGAGGAUCAAGGAGGUUAUGGCGGUUGAAUCUGUUAUGUUGAUGUGUGGGUGGUGGAGUUUGAAGGUGAUGAAUAUUGGAGGUUUAGUUAUGGAGAAGAAGAUGCGAUGA